ACAAAGAGAUUGCAUUAGCACUUCACUUCGUCAUCUAUUAUUAUUUAGUUAUACAUUAGUUAUACAUAUUGUAUUGUAUUUGUAUAUUUUUAAUCGCAUUAUCAGAAAUGCUCUGUGUUUGGAAAUAAUUUGACAUCUGCCACUGUUAUAUUUGACUUUAACUUUCUGAUAAAUCGAAACUGAAACUGAUGAGGGACUAAAGGAGGAAUAUUGUAGCGACCCUGCAGCGAUGAUUUGUGUUAUAAUGUUCAAUAUUUGGGAGGAUUUCUGACUGUCUGUGAACGUGUAUAGUACGAGCAGCAGAACAUCUGUCCACUAUGAACCCUCAGCUAACAGUGAACCAGCAGAGAACGAUCUGCUCUCAGCUGGGAAGGGUCAAACUACAGCUGCUGUACAAGGCCAGCGUCCAUGGAUACACCGGUGCAGCCUUCCACCAACGAUGUGACAACCGCUCUCCCACUGUGUCUGUGGGCUAUAACGCCUCUGGAUUUGUGUUUGGAGGCUACACCCAACAACCUUUUUCUAAGACUGGACAGUAUGUCCAUGAUGACCAGGCCUUUCUUUUCACUUUCAGUGGUGAAAAACUCCUCAAAUAUCCAGUCACUCAACCUGUAUAUGCAGUGAAAAUGAUAAAUACCUCUGGUCCUUACUUUGGAGAAGAUCUGGUUCUAGCCAAUGGAAACAAACCUGUAGUUCAUAGCAGUCCAGGAAAUUACUACAACUUUAACGCUGCAGAAAUGCACGGAAAUGACCUGAGUCUGACUGAGUGUGAAGUCUACCAGGUGGAGGAAAUCACUGAACUUGAGCGUCCAUGGAGGACUAUGAUCUGGGAAUCUAAGACAAGGACAGAGCUGAUGGAGAGCAUUAAAACCUACAAACCCACAGAGAGCUCCGUGUCCCAGGUUCGGGUUUUGCUCAUUGGACCAGUUGGAGCUGGAAAGUCCAGCUUCUUUAACUCUGUCAGCUCUGUAUUCAGAGGUCGUGUCAGCAGUCAGGCCAUGUGUGGCAGCUCUGACACCAGCCUCACUACACAGUUUCGCACCUACUCUCUGAAAGAUGGACGGGGAGGCAAACCUCUGCCAAUCAUCUUAUGCGAUACCAUGGGGCUGGAGGAACGCAAUGGAGCAGGCCUUGAUAUAGAUGACAUCAGCAGUAUUGUUAAAGGUCAUCUGCCAGACCGUUAUCAGUUCAACCCCUCUGCUGCGCUGCAUCCGGAGAACCACGGCUAUCUCAAGUCUCCAAAGCUCAAGGACAAGAUCCACUGUGUAGCCUACGUACUGGAUGCCUGCAAGAUCUCCAUCAUGCCUGAAAAGCUGGAGGAGAAGCUGAAUGCAAUCCGCAGAAAGAUCAACUCAAUGGGGAUUCCUCAGCUGGUCCUGUUCACUAAAGUGGAUGAAGCCUGCUCCCUGGUGAAGGAGGAUGUGAGGAACAUCUAUAAGAGUCCAUACAUUAAGGAGUUGAUGCAGGAGGUCAGCGCUUGUCUCGGUGUGCCACUGUCCUCUGUGGUUCCAGUCAAGAACUACAGUGAAGAGUUUGAGUUGGAUGUGAACUGUGACAUCCUGCUCCUCAGCGCUGUCAUUCAGAUCCUUCGCUCCAUUGAUGACUACUUUGAUGACCUCAGUGACCAACUGAGUAGUGUUGAAACCAAACUUUUCUGAUGAAAUGUCUUGUGACUAAAUGCACCUACUUCAGGCUCACUGCAGUAAAAAAAAUAGAAGAUAUUUGUUCAUGGAUGUGUCCACAUGUCAGGGUAUAACAAGAGAAGAAGAAGGCGUCUAAUCCAACCGAAGUGAUGAGAUACUUGUUUGUCAGUUGUUGUUACUGUGCUUUAAGUUCUAGCUUGUGUUUGAUAAUUUUUUAUUCCUAAUUGUUGAUUGUGAUGAUGCCAUGUGUUUAUCUCAUGCAUCAAGUCUCAAACAACUCAGCUCAAUAUUCACACUCUGCAAUAAAGAAUCAGCAGCA